CAACUCUCAGUAAUUGCCCUCAAUUGCCCCAAUUCACCUCAAUUGAAUACAAAUGACAGGCACAAUCAAAUACACUCAUCCGUUACUCGGUGAGCUCACCGGCGUCAAGAUCCUCGGCGGCCGCGUCACGCAGUUCAGAGGCGUGCCGUUCGCGAGCGUGCCCGGGCGGUUCCGACAGUCUGUCGUUCGAGAUGGAUUCGAUGACAAGACCGGUCGUGAUUUCAGUGGAUGGGGCCCCGCAUCGCCGCAACACUACGACGGCCCGUUCAUAGACGGCGUUGCGUUUGGCGGAAAACUGCCACCCGAAGAGCACGAGUUUGACGAGUUCAAGUGCCUGAACUUGACGAUUUCGGUACCUACUUCAUUGCUUGAGAGUGGGGAUGAAGCAAAAGUGCCGGUGCUGGCGUGGGUUCAUGGCGGUGGACUCAAGACUGGUGGUGGUGCCUGCUGCGGACUUGAAGACUGCGCGAGAAUUGUCGAUCUAUCAAUUGCAGAAGGUAAACCGGUCGUUGCUGUCGCGAUCCAGUACCGUCUCGACAUCUUUGGCUUCCUCUCCUCCACCCAACUGCAAGCCUACUCCGCCUCCCACAACGAGAACCCGUUCAACUACGGACUCUGGGACGCCGUCCACGCGUUUGAAUGGAUCCACUCUUUUAUUCCUGGUUUUAGCGGGGACGACAAGAACAUCACUGCGUUUGGAGAAAGCGCGGGCGCGAGCGUGGUGUCGUAUUUGAUGAUUGCGAAGCAGUUGCCGGCGGGUUUGUUCAAGCGUGCGAUUCUGCAGUCUGGCAUCGCGACUACUAUCCCUGUCAACACCCACGAUGUCGAGCAGGAUACCUACGACAAGCUUUGUGCUUUUGUUUCUUCUGAUGGAUCAGAGAUCGACGUGCUGCUCAACGCAGAGGUGGACAAGUUGAUGGAGUUUAAAAGUCCCCCGUUCAGAUUGCAACCUGUAGUUGACGGCGUGAUGUUUACGGACGCGCUGCGUGCGGGUGAUACCUGUAGGAUGAUGUAUGAGUGUGAAUGGGUUGAUGAGAUUCUGGCUGGUAACACCGGCGACGAGGGCGGUCUAUUCGGUGGCUUUUUCGAUCGCGUUGCAGCAACCUGCACUCCCGCCGAAGCAGCGACAAAACUCAUCUCGAUCUUCUACGGCCCCUCCGCAGCAACCAAGACCUCCUCCGUCCUUGAAGCCUUUGGUCUUUCUGCGAUUGCUACUUCCUCCGACCUCUUGACUGUGCGCUCUGAGAUUAGCGCUUUGAUCGGCGCUCUGCUCUUUGAUUCGCAAGCGUACUUUCUUGUAAACUACGACAAGUACGCAAUCAAGAAACGCGACAUCCCGACCUACUACUACCGCUUCGCCAAGAAAAACCCCUUCCCGGAACCGCCGUUCGAGCAGAACUCCCACCACUUUGUCGAUCUCCUCUAUCUCUUCCAAAACGUCAACGAUCGGAUCGCAAGCCUACCUUCUGUUGCGGCUUCCGCGUCCGAGCGGGAGUUUGAGAAGAAGUCGGCGGUGAAUUUUGCAAAGAAGUGGAUCGAGUUUGCGAACGGGGAGGAGCCGUGGGAGGUGGGCAAGAUUGGGAUCUUGGGGGAUAAGAAGGGGAUGGGCGAGUGGGAGGUUGUGGAGGAGGAGGAGUUUAAGAAGAGGGAUAAGGUUGCGGUUGAGAAGUGGGAUGCGUUGAUUCGUUCUUGUUUGUAAUCUGUGAUAUGUACAAAUACAUCCGUGAAAGUAAUGGUAGAAGAGGGAUAGAUUGAGAUU